AGCCUUUCAUGUUCAUUACCUUCUUACAAACGAUAUAUUUGAAGAUUUUGGUCAGUUUUACAACUACGUACCAUCAAUGAUUAGGGGAGGCAAGGAGGCACAUGAUUCACAAAUUGUCAUGGUUAUUACCAAUAAUAAAACCAAACCCUAUCUAGUAUUGUUGUCCAUUUCAUGACCUCAAGAUUAAAGAAAAACUUUUAGGUUUGUAGUUUGCUGGCUAAAAUUGUUACAAGAAUCUUGCGACUGUAGGGUGAACAGCAUUGCCAUCACAUGGACCUACUUCUUAGAUAUUGAAUUAGCCAAUAAAUUCAUCAACACCGUCGUGUCCAUAUAAAUAGGAUAGGCCAUAAUCUCCAUUCAAAGCAUUCACCUUGUGACCUUUUUGAUAUUCAGCAUUUGCAUAGCAAGUGAAGAUGGCAAGCUUAUCUCCAAUUAAUUCUGCGCACCACCCUGUUAGGUCCAUUAGCUUGCCUUCUAGGUCACAUCCGAAUUCUCUCAAAGUCGAAGCUCAGCUAACAAAGCUAAGAACUUGGGAAUCAUCUACGAAUCCUUUAAGAGCUGAAACUAUUCAAAUGAGUUUGACUAAGCUAGCAGAGUUGUUUAAUUGCAUUCAAGACCUCAUUCACUCACCACUCACCCAGCAAGCUUUUCAUCAUCAACAUUUAAGUCAUGUGGAAGGAGCAAUUGAGGGUUCGGUUGGCUUGUUAGACGUGUGUAGCACGGUAAGGGAUUUGUUCUUGACAAUGAAAGAACAUGUCCAGGACAUGCAGUCCCUGCUACGAAGGCGCGGAGCUAGAGAUUUAAGCAUCGAAAGCAACGUUCUUGCUUACGUUAGCUUCAGAAAGAAGACAACGAAGGAAAUCACCAGGUCCAUUAGAACAUUGAAAAGAACCGCAAGCAAUGUUAAUGGAUCCUACCAUUCCAGCACGGAGGUAGAUAACCAGCAGUACUCAUAUGUGAUCGAGGUUAUAAAUGAAGCAAGGGCUAUCGCUAUUUCAAUCUUCCGAUCUCUAGUUCUUUUCCUAUCCAUGCCGGAAGUGAAGAAGAACACCGGCGGAUGGUCGUUGAUAUCGAAACUGAUACGUUCAGGGUUGCUAGCUUCUGAUAAAGGUCAGAAGAUUUUCAAUGAAGUAGGGAAUGUUGACAUUGCUCUAUGUUCCAUUCAAGGACAAAUGCGGAAAAAUGAUGCCAAGAUCGACGUGCAAGAAGUGCAAAGGAGAUUAGAGACACUUGAUGUGUGCAUCAAUGGUUUUAAUGCAAAAUUAGAUUGCAUUUUUAGAUGUUUAAUACAAAAUAGAGUGUCCCUUCUCAAUCUCGUUACUCCUUGAAAGAUUUUAUUUUGUACAUCGAACUUGUCAUGGCAUCCACAUUUUAAAGGAUACGUCCAUGUACAAAUAAAUCCCAAGCCGAUAUCAAGAAGCUACUUAGCAAGGAUAAAAUUUACUUUUGUGCUAAUAUAAUUGUUAAGUCAAGUUGCAGCCGAAAGUCAUGUUAUUAAAUUCUAAUUUG